UGCUGGCAAGCAAUAUUUGUCAAGGGAUCAGGUCCUUCCAGUGCAAUGGAAUGGAAUGCAACUUGCAAAAACUGGUUGGCAGCAGAGGCUGCCCUGGAAAAGUAUUACCUUUCCAUUUUUUAUGGGAUUGAGUUCAUUGUGGGAAUCCUUGGCAAUACUACUGUUGUUUUUGGCUAUCUAUUCUGUCUGAAGAACUGGAAUAGCAGCAACAUUUAUCUCUUUAACCUCUCUAUCUCUGACUUGGCUUUUUUGUGCACUUUUCCCAUGUUGAUGAGAAGUUAUGCCAAUGGUAAAUGGGUAUAUGGAGAUGUGCUCUGCAAAACCAACCGAUACAUGCUUCAUGCCAACCUCUACACCAGUAUUCUCUUCCUCACUUUUAUCAGCAUUGAUCGAUACCUGCUCAUGAAGUAUCCUUUCCGGGAACACCUUCUGCAAAAGAAAGAGUUUGCUAUUUUAAUCUCUUUGGCCAUUUGGGUUUUAGUAACGUUAGAGCUCCUACCCAUACUUCCUCUUAUAAAUCCAGUUAUAGCUGGUAAUGGCAGCAGCUGUAUUGACUAUGCAAGCUCUGGGGACCCCAAAUACAACCUCAUUUAUAGCAUGUGUCUAACCUUCUCCGGAUUCCUCAUUCCUCUUUUUGUGAUGUGCUUCUUUUAUUUCAAGAUUGCUCUUUUCCUAAAGCAGAGGAGCAGGCAGCUCACUACCACUUUACCCAUCGAAAAGCCUCUCAGCUUAGUCGUCAUGGCAGUUGUGAUCUUCUCUGUGCUUUUUACGCCCUACCAUGUCAUGCGCAACGUGAGGAUUGCUUCGCGCCUGGGCAGCUGGAAGCAGUCCCGGUGCACUCAGAUCAUCAUCAACUCCUUCUAUGUCAUGACUCGGCCUUUGGCCUUUCUGAACAGUGCCAUCAACCCUGUCUUUUACUUCCUCAUGGGAGACCACUUCCGGGAGAUGCUGAUCAGUAAACUGAGGCACCACUUCACAUCCCUCACAACCUUUAGAAGAUAAGCUAAUGGACUAAUGCUUCCUUCUGGGGAAAAGGGAGAUGCUUGUGUAGCAGAUUGUUUUACACAUGCAGCUAUAGCCACUUAGCGUUUGAUUUAACUCACAGAUGUAAAUCAGAGAAGGUCACAGACCUGACCCUGUUUUAAAGACAUGUUGUGACCAGAGUAUGUGAAAAGAAGAGGACAGGAAGUGUUUAUUGGUUUCUUCACCUAAGAACUGAAAGGAGCUGACCAGCACUCUCUAAUGCUUGGGCAUACAAAUCCAAAAUCCUAGGUGUCGUAAGACCUUUCCAACCAGUGUACAAAGAAGAGAAGAUGGAUAAAGCAGCAUGUUGUUUGCAUUUAAUCUUUGGUCAAAGUGUAAAACAAACAAACAAACAAAAACACCCCAAACUGUGUUGGUAACAUUCUCUAUGUUAUUCUAAUUCUUAUGAUCUUACAGCUUUCUGUGAGAACUGAAUAACAGAAGAUUAGAUAUACACAAUUGCAUUCUGUUAGAAGUUGUGCUCUUAAACAAAUUUAAAGUACAAAGGAACAAUGACCAGGAAAGCAAUAUAAUGCAUUCAAGGAUGUCUAUAUGAUAUGUUUUUUAUAUUGAUCAUGAAUUGGGUCAAUUGGUAAGUAUAAGUCCUUUUUUGUUGUAUGGUUCUUAGUGCAAAGUCAUAUUAACUGGAAACUAAAAUGAUGGUUCAAAAAAAGAGAGGCAUGUUUGAGCUUGUUCUAAAAGAAUGUACAUGUAAAUGAUUUUAUCAAAAUACAAGAAAGAGAUACUAAGGAUAGUUGCAAAACUUGUGGAGUUACAGAACACAAAGUGCCUGUCAGGAAAUCCAAAGCAAGACAAAACAAAACAAAACAAGAGCACACUGUUUCUAGAUAAUGGUGCCAUCUGGAAUUUGAUGAUCACAACUUGAUUGUGAGUGCAUGGAAAUACAAAUUCAUUAGCCUUGCUCCUCUUGAUUAAAUAGUAAAGUUUAAAAAAUAUUAGCAUCAUAAAACCAGCAAAUAAGAGGAAAUGAAAUGGGCUAAUACCAAAUUUGUUGGGUGAACUUUCUCUUUUGGCAUCAGACCCCAGAGAUUAAGGGACUCAGUCUCAGGAGACAGUCCCCACUGACCUCAAAUGCCAAAAAACAGUAGUAGGUCCCAAGGUUACCCACAGUCUCUGUCUGAUUUGGCCACAAACCCCCUCCUUGGGUGUCGUUAAUGUGCAGAUGAACAGCUGAAUGAAGAGAUACUUACAGUGACGUCUGGGAGAGUCCUGAGCACAGAAGCUCCUGGGUCCGUGGUGCUGGGAUGAGUUGCCCUCUGGUAUAUAGAUGUGUUCACCAACCUGGAAACUCUCUGAAUCCCCUACUUUUGGGAAUUUUUAUGGAGGUUUCCUGAUGAAGGCAUGAUCAAUUAUUAAAUCCAUUUCCAGGGCCUCUCCCUACUCUGAAGAAUGGCGGGGAUGGGCAGGCCUAAAAAUUGCAAGCUUCUAGUCAUGGCUUAGUCUUUCUGGGGAUGAGUACCCAUCCUGGAAUCAUUCAGGAGCCCACCCAGGGACACCCUCAUUAGAACAAAGAUGCUCCUAGUGCCCUUAUCACUUAGGAAUUUACAUGGAUUUUAGAAGCCCUAUGCCAGGGACAGUGUCAAAAACCAAUAUAUAUACUUCCUAUUAUCUCACAGCAGGUUAGGCAGUAGAAUAAGGUAUUCGAGAUAACACACAAGAGUGAUAAGAAUUCAAAUGCUUAGUUCACUUCAGUGGAGGAAAAAUUUUAUAUGUAUACAUAUAUAUGUAUAUAUACUUAUAUGAUUUUAUAUAUACACGUAUUUUUUUCCUGCUAAACAUUUUAUAUAUACAUAUUUCUUUUCCUCUGCUAAGAGAGUAGUAACCUUGAGCCAAGCAUAGUUCCUUCUCACUUCUUUAUAGCACUGUCUCCAACUAGAUUUAUAUGUUCAAAUUAGUGGGGAAAUUCCACUUUGGUCUUGAGAGCAAACUCACUUUCUAACCAGGCUUACUAGUAACAGAUUAAGUGCUUUGACUCUCAUUUGCAAAGGAAUUCCUGUGGCAAUACUUUGUCAGAACCCAGAGGGAAAAAAAGUGAGAUUGGUCAGGAUUCAAGCACCAAAUCCUAUUCUAAACCAUCAGCAUAAAUAACAGGAAUAGCAAACACUUCGGUAGCACUUAAAAUGGACCAGGCACAGUUGCUCUAGCAGUUGAUAUAUUUUAACUUUUUCAGCUCUUACCAAUCCGUGUGAAGGUUAUAGAUGGAGAAACCAAGGCAUGGAGAGUUUAAUAGCUUGCCCAAGAUCACACAGGAAGACAGCGGGAGAGCCAGGCUUCAGAUACCACACUCUUAACCCUCAUGCUGUAGACCACAAUUGCAUGGAAGUUCAUGCACUUUAAGACCAUUUUUAGAUUCUAUCUAAGGAUGUUUACUUUAUAAUUUAUCAUAUGGUUUGAUCCCAGUGUCAUCUAAUAACACAGUUCUAAAGAGGACAAUGCUAGGAUGGUGCAAGAAGGAGAUUUAGAAUUAACUGAGUCAGUCUUAACUCUGAGUCACAUUCACAUUUUAUUUACACAUGCAGGAUGUUGGAGUCAUUUAUAAUCUUGAAUUUAAUCACAUGGCAUGGAAUCCAUGGAUAAUGUUUUCACAAGAUGCAAUAGGCUUGAGAGUAUGUGGUUUGUCAGAAUAGACAAUUUCUCUAAAUAAUGACCACAUGUAUGAUUCUAGGAAGCUGACUUCUUUACUAAUGCAGUGUUAAGUCCUACGUGAGUGUGUAUCAGUGUUUCCUGAACAGAAUCAAUGAGUCAUGUUCAUAUUUUGUCUAAAUGCUCAUAGUUAUGGAGAAUAUUUUGUUAGAGAAUUUACUCUUUGGUAACUUUUCAUUGAAAGUAGGAAUAAUAUAUUCAAAUACAAAAAUUUCUCUUAUUCUAUAUGUGAUUAGAUUUAUUAACUCUAGCUGUAAUUAUAUUGAUUUGACCUAUUGAUUCCUAAAGACAGCAAAUUAUAAUCCUUUCCAUGUCACAUUUAAAUCUAUAUAGACCAAUACCUGAGACAUAAUGUCUGAUGUGUGUGUAUAGGUCACAUAAAGAAAAGCAACAAGGAAUGUGCUGUGUAAAAUUAUUAGCUUUGCCUUGGUAACUCAUUAGAUCCCCCAGGAGCCUUGCCAUAUUGGUUUAUUAUUGUCUCCAGUAUACUGUUGAGGAAACAGUCUUUAAGAAAUUAAGCAGUGGAACCCUCAAUAUACCUUUCAAAGUUGGUUUCGAAACUUAGAUCUGACUCUAAAGAAGCACCAACUAUCCAAGACAAUCUCUUUUAAAAUGAAUCCCAAGUGUCCACCCCAAAUUUAAUCCACUAAAAUAUAAAUGAGAAAACUGUUUACAGACCACUGUGCACUACAAACCACACAGCACUGGAGAGAAGGUGUUUACAAACUGUGAAACAUUAUUUUUGAGGAGAAAACACUGAUAAUGGGAGGAGAGAUUUUUAAUUUUUUUCCCCUCAGAAAUGUAGUUUUCUUAAUUUAAGAUUUAACUUUUAGGAAUACAAGAAGUUUGAAAUUAAUGAAAGCUAAUUUCAGAGCUUUCCAUCAAAAGUGUAGUAAGUUAAGGCAUAUGAAAGUGCAUGUUUUAAAAGUCUGCAUUCAGGCUAACUUGUGGAAAACUAAAAUUCUUAUCACCAGGGAAAGGAUAAGGGAUCCAUUCUUAGAUUUAACAGCAGUUGGUGAAACAGCUGACGUCUCAGCUUGUAUUUAUUACAUAGUACACACUUCCUGUGGUUUUCAAUGGAUCAAAAACUAAGUAAUAAACAUUUCGGUGCAUUAGAAAACUGGCGUAUUCUACAAGAUUAUGUAUAAUAUACACAUAAGAAACUAUUAUCUCAACUUUAGCUUCAGUUGUGACCACAGCCAGGAUAAAGACUUGGCCUGAUGAACCGUGGGGCAGGACAGAGUGUAUUUUAUGUGUAUACAUAGCCUCCACAGACAGAGAGCUCAUCAUCAGUGAAAGCAAGUAAACUCAGCCAGUUCUUGUCCAGACAAAGCCUUGACCAGAUACGGGAGAUGGGUGAUUCUGGGUGUGGUACAGUAUGGGUCACUCAGAUUUUUCUUUUAGCCCAAGUCCCACAUAUUCACGCCUGAGUUUUGUAGAGAAGUGUCUUUGCUCAUAGCUUUGUGAGCAACACCCUCACCCCCACAUUACCCAAAACCCCAUAUAGUGCAAGUUGAAAAUAAGAAAGAUUAUCCCACACUUAACCUUGGGCAUCAGGCUGUUUUGAAACUUGGAUGAUAUAAUAUCCAUUGGUUCCCUUAGAACUCACAUCAGAUCUAAGUGAAAGUACCCAUCAAGAGCAAAGUGGCUAGUCAGAUGUGUGUUCAGCAAUCCCAGCAGGAGGCCAUGAAAAAGAAUCUGCAACCAGAGAGAUAAGUAUAUACAUAUUUAAUACACUCAAUAAGAAAGUAAAGCUCAUUUCGCAAUCAUUCAGUUCCUAUGUCAUAUUUUUCUCAUUAAAGCUGGUCUAUACCAGGAGAUUGAGAACAGAGAUGUGCCUUGAGUUCUAAAUGCAUUCAGAAGAAAAAUAAAAAUCAGAUUAAAUAUGUAGCGUUAUUUGGCAGCUUACCACUU